AUGACUAUGCUACGAUCUCUUCCAUCCGGGUACCGGAUUACAGAGAAAAUCAGUGACGGCCCUUACGAUACCCUUUAUCUAGGGACCAACGCUAAGUACAAAGACUUGGUGGUAUUUAGGCAUAUCGUUCUUCCAGAGGCCCGCCGCACACGGACUGAGCUAGUGCACUCGCAGACAACCCUCGUCCCUGCUCUGAGGCAUCCUCACAUUAUACCACAACUACAGACAGAGCAGGCACCCAAUAAUGAUAUUAUUACAACCACUCCCUAUUAUGAAAACGGAUCUCUUCAGUUACUGAUCAACGUUCUUAAAAAAGACAGAAAAAGGGUAAGCAAAAGCUGUUUCUUUUCUUAUACCUAUCAGCUGCUAACAGCCCUUUCUUAUUUGCAUUGCCCAAGGAAGGACGAGACAUAUCAAGGACCAACUGGCACCACCAUCUCCAUCAAGAGGGUGGUACACGGGGCCAUUAGACCAGCCUCUGUGUUGAUUGAUAAUAAUGGGAAGAAGGUCAUCCUCGGGAACAUGACACACUGCCAGGAAAUCACUAACUCUACUCUUACCGUUAAGCUGGCAGCAACAGGAGUUAACGUAUACUAUUCGUCUCCAGAGCAAGUCAAGGGGAUGCCUCUCUCAGAGACAACAGACAUCUGGAGCCUCGGCGCGACCCUCUAUGAGUUCUUUACUCUAACACCUCUGACUUACCUAUCCCAAUUAGAGUCAGCCGGGAAGCUAAUCAUGGACUCACCAGACAGGAAGUAUCCCCCGAAUCCUGACUUGUCAGUGAUCACAGAUAAGGAUGUGCGGUUCCUACUUUCCGUCAUGCUCUGCAUGGAUCCUGCAGAGCGCAUCUCUGCCGCGGAACUCUUAACCCUAGACGCCUUCACUCCAUACUUUGAAGCCCCUGACAAACAAGACUUAGUAGAGGACGGGGAGCACGUCAUCUCUCAGUCCGACUUUUUCAUGGCAUAUAGUAAGCCACUUGUCACUAACGAUAUGUUGUCCGGGGACACCGUGAUAGCGCAAGAUGAAAUCUCAAACUCCUGUAUCUCCGUGAGUACAUCUGUCAGCACUGAUUGUGCAAGCACACAACUGAGCCACCAGAGCUACAUGUCUGGAUCCACCACCUCUCAGUCCAAACCAAAGAAGCCGGACGGGUCUCCAUCCAACCUGAUUCCAUCGUCUAGUACAUCUAGUUGUUACCUGUACAGGCCUCCAAAGAUUGUUUAUAAGGAUAUUUGCAAAUGUAUAGCGAAUAAAGAUCUGGAAUCCCUUACGGCCAUGAAGGAUGAGGCAAACACGCUGCCGGCUAAGUACCCCACUAUCCUCUACCUAGCUGCGGAGGCAGGGUGGGUAGACGGCUGCAGAGAAUUUAUAUACCAGGCUGGGCGCCAUGUGCGUCACACAGGACGUGGAUACCUUAAUCCGACUGCGCUAAUGCGUGCUGCACGUAAGGGGGUUGUCGGCACGACACAGCUCCUCGCUGGGAUAGAAAAAGGGCUGCGGGACGAGUACAUGGGGAGAACAGCGUUAAUGCUUGCAGCAGAAAAAAAUCAGACACGUACUGUGGAGAUUUUAAUCAACUAUGAAGCAAGGUUGACAGACAAACACGGCAAUACCGCCCUUAUUCUCGCCACAAUGAACAAUAGUAUUGAAUCUAUCAAGAUCCUCUGUAAGAAAGAAAGCAACAUAGAGAACAGAGCUCGUCAAGUAUCACUUCUCAUUGCGGCCCACAAAGGCAACCUGGAAGCUAUACGUCUAUUGGCACCCUACGAAGCAAAGAACUAUGCAAGCGCCGCCCUUGAUAAAGUCUCCCGUGCAAUUUUUCUUUCAACAGAGACCAAGAGUGAGAUAAUGAACUUUCUUUCUCAGUAUAUUGGCUAUUACAGACUUCAAAGUAAACAAUAG